AUGGAUUUCGGUCGUUGCGGCCAGCCCUUCAAUCAUCAGCAAGAGCUUCUUUCUGCAGCUGAAGUUGCCAUGCAGGCCGGUCAACGGUUGCUUGCAGCGGUUGCCCUAGGCGAUGCUGUGCAGGUCAUGCGUUGCGUGGCCAACGGCGCGGAUCCCAACUUUGAGGACCCAAGCACCGGCGAAACAGCCAUAUGUCGUGCGGCGCAGAUCAGCCAACUCGCGGUUGUUGGAGUUCUAGUGUCCAUGGGUGCAGACAUAGAGCGUUCUGACCGUGCAGGCCGGACGCCGCUGUACUUUGCGGCCAGCUCAGGUCACGUCGACAUUGUGAAGGAGCUUCUAUUCCACGGCGCUUCGCUGUUUCCUCAUACCAAGUCCACUGCUUCCACCUCUGUCGACCGACACCCGUCAGCCAACGAAGGCAACACGCAGAGUUCCCCAUGUUCAGCCCCGGACGUUGAUGAAGCCUCGCUUCUGGCGUUGCGCGACACCUGCCCGCUAGCUGCAGCCGCUGCCGCUGGCCACUGGCCCGUCGUCCCCACAUUGCUCACCGCCCUGCCUCCUGAUUAUCAACGCCAUCCGCCUGUGCUUCGGUCCUUGCGCUUCCUCGUCUGGUCUCUCGCUUCCCAUCAUGCCUUCCCCCGAGAGGUCAUUGCCGCCCUGCCGCCGCGCCUGCCGCGUUGCGUCAUCGAUGCGGUGCGCCCAGCGCACCUGGCCUCUACGCCGCUCGUCCUCGCCACAGGAAACGACCAGCAGCAGUUGAUGCAGUGGUUAUUGCAGCAGGGCGCCGACCCGGAGCUGGGCGCGCCGCUGCUCCUGUGUGCGGGCCGCUUCUGCCGUGGUUCCCGUACUUGCUGCGUCAGCACGCUGCUCCGACGCGGCGCACGACCGCACGUGGCCUGGGCCGAUAACCCGUCUAACUCGCCGCUCCGCCUUGCAGCGAUGGGCGAUUGCUUUUCGCACGUGCACUGCCUAGUGGCCUAUGGCGCUGACGUGGACGGGGAGGCGGCCAGGGUGCGGCAGGCGCUGUACACGGCGGCACCAUGGGAAGCCCAUUUAGACGUGUUGAUGCAGCAAUACAGCGAUCUGGCAGCAGCGCCGGGGGCAGGCCUGCUGUGCCCUUGCGGCCAGCAGCAUGCACGAUGGCCGGGGCUGUGGCCAUCGGAGUGUGAAGCGGACGCGGAGGAACUGGAGGGCAUGGACAAGGGCAGGAGCGGGGAGGAGCAGGAGGCUGGCGCAUGCAGCAACAGUUGCCACAACCGGACGCCGGCGGACGAUGCCUGGUACCGCCGUCACUGCACUGAGAUGGAACAGCUGCAGGACGGCAACGAGCUGGCGGAAUGCCGCAAGGCCGUGGACGAGCUGUGGCUGUAUGGCUGCAGCGCGGUGAUUUCAGAGCUCGGCGGCGUACCCUCCGCGCCACAUAGCCUCAUGCCACAGCGCAUCCUGGCCACCCUGCAGGACGUGGCGGGAAGCUGGCUCAUGGCGGCGGCGCGCUGCCGCCAGCAGCGGCAGCUCCGCGCUGACUUGUACGAUAAGGCUGUUGCAGCGGGCCGUGCGCUACUAGACCGCAAGCGCGUUGCCGCCCUAAUGGCCCUCAGCGGCGCCAGUGGUGGUGGCGGCGGGGGCGGCGGUGGCAGCAACGCUGGCAGUGCAGAGGGCCGGGCAGACGCCGUUGCACCCACCACUGCUGCACCCUCGGCAGAGGAUGACGGGGUCGCGGACGCGCCGCAGGUGCUGCCGCCGUCACAGCAGCACCAGCAGCAGUACCAGCGCUGUUCCCGGCAGCCAGAGGGCCUGGUGAAGGAGCUGAAGCAGGAGAUUUUGGCGCUGGCGGGGUUGGCCCCGUUUGGUAUCGAGCCCAGCGCCGUGUCAUUGCCGGGGCGUGCGCCCUGCAGCUGCCUGAGCUGCUGCGGCAAGUAG